AUGGUGAAGCUCUCUGAAGUUGAGGGCUAUGCAGACAGGAGGAGAGCUUUGUUUGGUGUUUCCUCAGCCGCUGGUUCUGGCGAGUGCCCACAACCUGGGAAGGGAGGUUCAAAUGACGUCCGCACUCUUUGGGUAGACUUUGAUGAGCAUGGUGACCGGUACAAGAGGUGGAGGGAUGUCUGCAAGGAGAGCUACACACCGUCUUUUGACCAAACUCCCCUCGAAGGGCCAACGACUGGUCUUCACUUGAUCAAGCAUGCAGAGCGACAUGGUGGGGACCCUCGUUUGUGGAUGCAACUCUGGUGUCGCAGCAAACACAUUGAGACCACUGACAGGACUUUUCAUGAGAUGAAAGUUUUGGUGGAUGCAUUGUUUUUUGCAGGCACUUUUGACCAGGUCAACAUUCCAGCCCUCAUGUCCAUGGAGGUGGUGUGUCGCCGCAUUCAGGCGAUUGUUGAUGCUUACAGCAAUCCCAGCCGUCCUUCAUGGGAGAACGCAAAGAUUUUUGCAGGGCAAGGCACUCCAGAGGACAUUGUAUCGCCAACGUUCCGGAACUAUGCCACUCGCAAGAACAAGGAGGAGCUGGAAUUGUUGCAAGCUCGCCAAAAGGUGAGGGAGCUCAGAGGGGCUCCUGCCAUUGCCCAGGAAGAAGGAGAUGCAGCAGAGUCACUGCCCACAAAGGUGGCAAGGGAGGGCAGGGGCAGACUGAUGGUUGAGGAUUCACGGCAGGUGACAUUGGAGCCUUCGGAGAUGUUGCCUGAUGACCAGUACAGACAGGAGGCAAUGACACAGCCGGGUGCAGCGGCGGCCUUCAGCUUCAAGCAACGACGGCUUUUUCCUCUGCCCCUUUUUGCAUGCCCCCCACGAAAGUUGGGGACGAGUCGUUCUGUCCGCCAACGACGGGACCGAAUUUGUCGAGCCUUUGACAACUGCAACGAAGUAGUCAGAGCGCUGAAUUGGCUAGCUGGAGAGUCUGAACCACAGUCAUCAGAUUUUACAGUUAGUGCAAUGCAGCAGCAGGUUCUCUCGCGUGUGGAAGGUUUGGUUUUUAGCCAAAAGCCCAGUGGCGACGAGAUCAUGAAACCGGAGGAAGCCUUGAAAGUGCUUCUCCGUGGUGGCUCCCCCUAUGACAUGGGCGUCAUCAAUGAUGCAGUGGCCUCCUACCAAUCUGAGCUUGUCAGUGUUCCGCAGGACUGUCGAGGUUGUCCUGACCUUCGUGAUGUCUUGCCUACUGAUGACCGUCAGUACCUGGAGGAGAAUUCAGAGCUGAUGUUGCGGCCAAAGGAGGAUAGACCUGAGCAUCCUGUUCAACCUUACUGGGACCCAAAGCUGCGCUACAACCGGAAAGCGUAUCAUGGUCUUGUUAGAAAGUUGAACGAUAUUGGGUACUUCACGUACACCUUGGCACCUUUGAGCAAAGUUGGAGUGUUCUUUGUCUGGAAAUCAAACCGAACGAAGCUGCGCUUGAUUACAGACUGCAGACCAACAAAUGAGAUCUUUAGAGAAGCUCCGGGUGUUUCUUUGACAACAGCCGAAGGUUUUGGUCGGAUAGAAGUUGAGCUUGAAGAUGACUGCUGGGGGGAUUACAAACUUCUUUCAGCCGUCACAACAUAUGUUGGGCUCAGCGACGUCCGCGACUGCUUUCACCGGAUGCGAGUGCCUGCGUGGCUGAGCAGGUAUUUCGCUUGGGAAUCCGUUCCUGCUAGCGUUCUGAAUCUGGAAGGUACAACUCUUGAAGGAAAGCUAUUGGGGCCGCGUGAUGCAGUCUUCCCUUGCGCUGGCAGUCUGUGCCAGGGUUUCUCUUGGUCUUUGUAUUUCGCACAGAGGGCCAACGAAAAUGUGUGCAGAUCCGUUGACACCUUACAGCAAGCAGUUCUGACACAGGACAGAGGUGGGCCAGUUGUUUUGCGGUUGGGUAAGGAGCAAGCAGACAAUACACAUUUUUAUGUUUACGUUGACAAUCUUGGGGUGCUUGACACUGAUGCAGCUAAUGUGGAACUAGCUAUGCAAGGGCUGCAACAGCAUUUCAACUCUCUUGGCUUGGAGCUUCAUGCAAGUGAAGUGAGCUGUGGUGCAAUUGAAUCGCUGGGCUGCAUACUGGAUGGAAGCAACCUGAAAAGUGCUGUCAACCCAAAAAGACUCUGGAAGGUGCAUCAAGCUUUGACGGGCUUGCUUGGGCGUGGACGCUGCUCUGGCCAGGCGCUUGAAAAAGUUGUGGGACAUUGCACCUUCUGCUCUCUCAUGAACCGCAGAACGUUGGUCUGUUUCAGUGCUUGCUAUGCUUUUAUACAUGCUCGGUACAAUGAGGUUGCCACUCUCUGGCCUUCUGUUCGAAAAGAGUUGGAGGCUUUCAGAGGUUGUCUGUUUUUGCUUAGUCAAGACUGGUGGCGACAGUGGAACAGAAAUGUGACCAGCAGCGACUCCUCCUUAGGAGGCUUUGGAUGCUGUCACGCUUGGUGGCCGAAGACAGUGGUCGCCAAGGUUGGGCGAGUUCAAGAACGGUCUCGGUUCAAGAGAUCAGCCGGGCAUAGUGCUCGAGAAAGUGCUCUGACGGCAGCCGGGUUUCACUAUGAUGGAGCAGCCUGGGGUCGAGUAGACCAUGUGACUGCAAAAAGACUCUGCGAACUUGGAUGGGAAGUCGACUCUUCUUUUGAAGAAGUUCCUGCUCGUUUUUUGGGUCGCAGUUUUUGGACUCCUCGAUUCUGGGGGAAAUGGAAGCAUGCUGAGCCGAUUGGUGUUUUAGAAGCUAGAACUGUUUUGAAAUGCAUCAAACGGCUGGCGCUCACUCGAUUCGGUCAUGAUUUGCGACACCUGCAUCUAUGUGACAACUUAGGAGUAGUCUUGUGUUUCGAGCGAAGUAGAUCCAAGAGUUUUAAGCUUCUUAGGAUCCUCCGUGAGUUCUCUGCAUAUUGUUUAGCUAGGAACAUCCAUGUAGCUGUACGUUGGAUACCCAGUGAGUUGAACAUUUCAGAUGAGCCUUCUCGGAUUCACGAUGAAAACUCGUCGAAGCUGUUGGUUGACCUCCUGGAUGAUUUUGUUGAACCGAUUUUUUCCCCUCGAGCACCCCUCGCACAGCAAAAUGGGGCCGAAGAGGACUCGGUCUCUCACCUCAGACAGCAGCCAUGUGACAAACAAACACACACAGCUGCAGCGGAAAAGGACGAGGACGUUGAGCUUGGGGAGAGAUGCUCUAGAGGCCACACCGACAGACAAGAAAAGAGUGAGAACAGGUUGAAGGAGAAGAAGGUGAAGGGUUUGACACUGCCCCUCACCGAAUCAGCCUUGCAGAAACUGUCAAGUCUGGAACCUCGCCGGCAACGAGAAGACAAGGAGGAGCUCGAGACAGAGACUUCGAGCACUAUGUCAGAGCUCAAGGAAGAGCCAAAAGGAAAGAAGAAGCGUUCUUUAGAAAAGCGGCCAAGAAAGCCGCUGCAGCACUUGGUGGAUGCCCAACUUGGAACCGGAAUGAGUUUUUUGGAAGCGGCGGCAAUCACCAAGAGAGUCAGAGAGAGAUACAACAGAAGCCUGUCAGCUCUCAUGACCUUUCUGCAGUCGAACGGCUUCAACUUUUCAGUGGAUCAGCAGGUGGAUACAGGCCUGGUGAAAUACUUCGAGAUGAAGUUCACGGAAGGAGAAGGAAGUCAUGUGGGAGACUAUGCUUUGGCGGCGCUCUUGGAUCGCCACCCGGAGUUUGGAAAGAAUGGCUUCCGCAAGAUCCCUCAUGCAUGGAGAGCUCUGAAAGGUUGGAGGAAACUAUGCCCAUCGAGGUCUCGAUUGGCAUACCCUCUGCCCUUGUGGUGCGGCAUCGCAUGGAGAAUGAUUGCUCGUGGACACCUGCAGAAGGGAGUGUUCAACCUCCUGCAACUGUCUACGUACCACAGGCCCAGCACCCUCUUGAAGUUGAAGAAGAUGGGACUCGUGCCUCCGACGUCUGGAGUCACGGGAACAUGGAGCAUCCUCACUUCGUUGACAGAGACUUCAGACAUAUCAAAGACUGGGACGAAAGACGAUGCGGUGCUUCUGGAUUCACCUUUUCUGGACUUCAUAGAGCCGGUGCUGCGACGUCUAGCCAAGGGACCUCCUUUGGCUCCUGUCUGGACUUUCACGUACCCGGAAUACCUGGAAGUGUUCAAUCAAUGCGCCAAGGACUUGAAGGACUCUCGAGGAGAUUCGCAAGCGCGGAAACUGGGCAAGCCGGAAGAGUGUGACUUGGUACGAGAAGGGAGGGAGGCUGGCAGCAAGUUGGAACCUCCUAUCCCCUUCAACCCAGAUGGCUUGCAG